AUGCAUAUCUCACUUUGGAAGCCAAUUUAUCACUGUGCUACUGCUGCUCUAGCUCUCGACAAGAAGAGCAGCAGAGAUGUUUCUGAGUCCACAAAAGCUCGAAAACUCCAUGAAUCCAAGCUCAGGGAAGCUCUCGAAGCUGCAUCUGAAGAUGGCUUACUCGUCAAGUCUCAAGACAUUGAAGAGGAACAAGAAGACGACAACAACGAGCCUCAAGAUAAAAGCCUUGGACGGUCUAGAUCACUCGCUAGGCUCAACGCUCAACGUGACUUCUUGCGUGCCACUUCCAUCGCUGCUCAAAGAGCAUUUGAGUCAGAAGAGGCUUUACCUGAGUUAGAAGAAGCGUUGAACACGUUUCUAACGAUGUAUCCAAAGUAUCAAUCUUCAGAGAAAGUUGACCAAUUGAGAAACGAUGAGUAUUUUCAUUUAUCGUUACCAAAGGUAUGUCUUGACUACUGUGGAUUCGGGUUGUUCUCGUAUCUUCAGACAGUUCAUUACUGGGACACUUGUACUUUUAGUUUGUCGGAGAUUAGUGCUAAUCUGAGUAACUAUGCUUUACACGGUGGUGCUGAGAGAGGGUCCAUUGAACAUGAUAUCAAGGUUAGGAUCAUGGAUUACUUGAACAUCCCUGAGAAUGAGUAUGGUCUUGUCUUCACUGUUAGUAGAGGCUCUGCUUUCAAGUUACUUGCUGAGUCUUAUCCCUUUCAGACCAACAAGAAGCUUCUGACCAUGUUUGAUCACGAGAGCCAAUCAGUUAGUUUGAUGGGUCAGUGUGCUAAGGAGAAAGGUGCAAAGGUUGGUAGCGCUUGGUUUAAAUGGCCUACGCUUAGGCUGUGUUCUAUGGAUCUCAAGAAGGAGAUUAUGAGUAAGAAGAAGAGGAAGAAGGAUUCUGCUACCGGUUUGUUUGUGUUUCCGGUUCAGUCGAGGGUCACAGGGUCUAAGUAUUCUUACCAGUGGAUGGCUCUAGCUCAGCAAAACAAUUGGCAUGUCUUGCUUGAUGCUGGUGCUUUGGGUCCUAAAGACAUGGACUCUCUUGGCUUGUCUUUGUUCCGCCCUGAUUUUAUCAUCACUUCUUUUUACCGUGUGUUUGGGUAUGAUCCAACUGGGUUUGGUUGUCUGUUGAUUAAGAAGUCUGUGAUUAGCUGCUUGCAGAGUCAAUCCGGGAAGACGAGUUCAGGUAUUGUGAAGAUAACACCAGAGUAUCCUCUGUACCUUAAUGACUCAAUGGAUGGUUUGGAAGGUUUGACAGGGAUUGAAGAUAAUGAUAUCGCCCUUAACGGGGGAACUCAACUGCCAGCGUUUUCUGGUGUUUAUACUUCUGCUCAAGUGCAGGAUGCCUAUGAGACUGAUAUGGUUCAUGAACUUGGUUCAGACAAAGAUGGAACAAGCACUGUUUUUGAGGAAGCUGAUAAUAUCUCAGUGGGUGAACUGAUAAAGAGUCCGGUUUUCAGUGAAGAUGAGUCAGAUAGCCAGCUCUGGAUCGAUUUGGGUCAGAGUCCUGCUGAUUCUGAUAACAAGCAGAAGAGUCCUUUACUUGUGGUUCCUCAAAUCCACAAACGAAGGAUCUCGACUAAACCUGCUUCAAAGGCUGAGAAUGGUAGUAACGGUGGAAGCCAUGUUCUCUCGUUUGAUGCUGCUGUUUUGUCAGUAUCACAUGAAGUGGGCCAAGCAUCAGCCACGGGAGAAGAAAAAACUGAAACGAACCAGAUAGACACAACUAGUCUUCGGUUGCAUAGUGAGAUAGAAGAAGAAGAUGAAGGGAGCAGCAGUAAGAUGAUAUCUGAAGGAAAUGGAAAUGGUUUAACCUCUGGAACUAAAGAGAGUGCAAUAAGAAGAGAAACCGAAGGUGAAUUUAGACUGUUGGGAAGAAGGGAGAAGAGUCAGUACAAUGGUGGGAGACUUCUUGUGAAUGAAGGUGAACAUCCCAGUAAACGAAGAGUAUCGUUUAGAGCAGUAGAUCAUGGAGAAGCAUCAGUGAUCAGUCUUGGGGAUGAAGAAGAUGAAGAAGAGGAUGAAGAUGGAAGCAAUGGAGCAGAUUGGGAUGAUGAUCAGAGAGAACCAGAGAUUGUUUGCCGCCACAUUGAUCAUGUGAACAUGUUAGGUCUCAACAAAACCACCUCGAGGCUCAGGUACCUCAUUAACUGGCUUGUGACUUCUCUACUCCAACUAAGGCUGCCGAGCGCAGAUCCAGAAGGAGAGCACAAGAACCUUGUUCAGAUUUAUGGUCCAAAGAUCAAAUACGAGCGGGGAUCUUCUGUAGCAUUCAAUGUUAGGGACUUGAAAAAUGGAAUGGUGCAUCCUGAGAUAGUGCAGAAACUAGCUGAAAGAGAAGGAAUAUCCCUAGGCAUUGGUUACCUCAGUCAUAUAAAGAUCAUCGAUAGUUUAAGAGAAGAUUCAAGUUCUUGGAAACAGGUGGAUCGAGAUGGAAAAAACAAAGGGUUCAUAAGAGUUGAGGUUGUCACAGCAUCCCUUGGGUUCUUGACAAACUUUGAAGAUGUUUACAGAUUAUGGAGUUUCGUGGCAAAGUUCUUGAGUCCAGGUUUUGCUAAACAGGGGACACUCCCAACAGUUAUUGAAGAAGAUGAUGGCUCUUCAGACACUUAA